CAAAUGGCUGAAAAUGUGUUUUAUAAAUAAAUCAUUACUGCAUAAGAUUGAACAUUAUUUAUGCGUGAUUUGUAGAGUUCAUAUUCUUCCUGCCAAAGAUGAAUCGAACGAAUCAGUUCAAAAGAAUCGACUCGGUCAAUUGAACCGAACUUCCCAUUAUUAAAUCGGUUCAACAUGCGGGUAUGGAUUUCUAAUAGCAUAAUUCCUAAUCACGAACUGCGGUGCAACCAGUAAAAUGCUUUGCGUCAUGAACAGACAUCUCCAAACGCACUGAGUUUAUCUGUAACACUGCUAUGAAUUAACCCAACCCUGUAGGUGUAUAUUUCUCACAGAAAGACAGAGUUAAAACACUGAAACACGGGGUAUUUUGCUACGCAAAACGUUACAACACUUCCUUAAGGGUCGACAGGAUCCUUUGUGUGUCAAGUGAAUGCGUAAAAAAGGAGGGUGCGUAAAAAGCGCGCAGGGUGGUGUGUGUGUAUGUGUGUGUGUGGGUGUAGGUGUUGGUGGGUGCUAUGUUCUUGUGCGAUUGGUCAGAUGAAGGCGGGCACUGUGAUGCCAGUGGGUGAAAGGAAGGUGGGCAGUGGGCACAAGGAGGAAUAAAGAGGAGAGCACAGGAGAGACGAGCCUGCAGAGGGAGUCGCACUACUCGCAAACUGUUUCGUUUCCCAGGAAUUGCAUUAGCACUUGGUGAAAAACAAGGGAGUGAACAAACCAGGAUCUUCAGGAGACAUAAGAUGGAGUGGUACGUGCUGGUGUUGGUGCUCAGUUUGCCCUCUCUAUCCUGGGCUGAUUGCUCUGAACAGUGUCUAAGAUGUGCCCUGCACAUCUCCGACUCACCGCUCAACCUGCUGACCUGUACGUUAGAGUGUGAAGGUGCGCUUACAUCUAGCAGCGAGCUGGAUCGGUGCGAGAAGAUUUUAUGGGAACGACCCGAGGACGACCCGCAGGAGCCGACGACGUCAAACCCGGUCAAGCGUUACGGCGGAUUCAUCAAAAGGAUCGAGAAAAACAGAAAGAACCUGCUCACUUCGCCCUGGAGGGGGAACGCUAUAGAAAAAGGGUCACUGGCAAAGAAAUACGGUGACGCCAUGUUAAAACUGAUCGAGAGAAACGCACCCGAGCUGACCGAGGACGUUGAAGGGGAAGACGUUACCUCCGAGAACGAAAUGGGACUUUACGACAGUACGUUUCCUCUGAACGAGGUGAAACGUUAUGGUGGCUUCCGGAGAAAGUUCGUUCCCAAAAGAAGCGAGUCUGAAGAACAACCCGGCCAACAGGAGCUGCAGAAGAGAUACGGAGGCUUCAUGAGAAGAAUCCGUCCUAAAUUAAAUUGGGACAACCAAAAGAGAUACGGCAGCUUUUUACGGCGCCAUUUUAAAAUUUCUGUGCGAUCCGACGAGGAGCCUUCGUCAUACAACGAAUUUGGUCUUUAGGGUGUUUUGUAUUUAAAAAAAAGAAAAAAAAAAGUAGCUGAACUUAUACAG